CUUCAACUAUCUAUUCAGCAGCCAUCAUUUGACUCGAUCGGGCGAAAAAGUUUGCAGUGAAUUAAAACGUGCAAGUCUAGCCGCAACUUUUUGCAUUUCAAACGUUUAAUAGAGUUGUUGUAAUCUUAACCUACACAAGAUAGUGAAAAUGUCUGAAGAAAAGAAGGACGCCAAGGGUUCUGAAUCGGAGCAUAUCAAUUUGAAAGUAUUAGGACAGGACAAUGCCGUUGUACAAUUCAAGAUAAAGAAACACACACCCCUCCGGAAGUUAAUGAACGCUUAUUGUGACCGAGCGGGUUUGUCAAUGCAGGUCGUGAGAUUCCGUUUUGAUGGCCAGCCUAUCAAUGAAAAUGACACACCAACAACGCUGGAGAUGGAGGAAGGGGAUACAAUCGAAGUUUACCAGCAACAGACAGGCGGAAAAAAUUGUUUUUAAAAUUAACUUUAAAUGCGUGUAAAAAUAACAAAAAGAAAACAAAAAUAUAAUUCCGUAAACUAUUCGCUCAUGAUCUUAA